ACCUCUUCAAAAUCCACUUCUCAAAGUCUUCGCCGGCUCCUCUCUUCUCCUUCCUCACCCUUUUCCCAAAAACUCGGCUCUUCUCUUCUCAUUCAUCAAGUUUUCUCCACUGACUUUCCCUUUAUGCCAAACAGCCCCAUUUCGUCUUUCCGAUCACCAAAAUUCCAUACAAAUUCCAUCAAUUGCCAAUUCAAGUGGGGUGUCCAAAGUCUCUGCUGUGAGUCUCUCUAAGUGGGAAAAUGUUUAUAAUUUUGAUUUCCCAUUUUUGUUUUUAUGAUAUAAGCAGGAACCAUUAUCGUAAUCUUGGAUAGUGGGUUUAUUCAGUUUGCACUAAACAUGGCCUUCUCUUCUUGCUUUUGCUAUUCUCCGAUCUUGCCCAAGCUUGUUUUUUUUCAGGUUAGCGAUGAAAAUUUUAAAGCUCAUAAGUUGAUACUUGCCGCUCACUCUCCUGUAUUUAAAGCACAAUUCUUUGGACUUGUUAGGGAUCCUAGCAUGGAUAAAGUGGAAGUGAAGGAUGUUGAGCCCUUCAUUUUCAAGGUCAACAUUGUCCUUCGGUCUCGUUUGAAGAUCGUACUUAACAUGCAUUAGAAAAUAGAUGAGCCAUGGGACGGUUAGGCCACGGGCUUUGGCGAACAAGAAGAAGAACAAGUAUUAGAAAUUUUGUUGUCCAAGGCCAAAAUGAUGUCGUUUAUCACUUGUUUGACUUGUAGUGUUAUUCGGUUCGUGGAGGAUUCGCAAAAGGUUGAGCGCUCAGGAAUUUCCACCUUAAUGUUCAAGAAUAUUAACAAUAGGGUGAUAGAAGUCUAUAACCCUAUUGUUAAUAUUCUUGAUCAUUAUGGCAAUAAUACUUGAUUGUUCAAGCUCCUACGAAUCCUCCGGGAACGGAAUAACAUUACUUGAAGGACUCAUCUUAAACAACAUCGUUUUGGCCUUCGAAAACAAAGAAAAACCACUGUAAUUGUGUCUUCCUUCCCAUUCAAUUUGUACAAAGAUUGAAAAUAACUAACAAUGGAGUUUGGAAAGAUUUCUGUUCAGUGCUAAAAGGAACGCUUUGCAUAUGUCAACUAUCCUAAUAUGACAUGGUUCAUCUAUUUUGAUA